UUUGCUAACGUAUUGAAGGAAUUUUACUUGCGAAGCCUGUUGUAAUGAGAUCUCGUUACUAUGACAACUACUGCUAUCAUUUCAUGAUUCUUCUACUUGUUUUUGCUGCAAGUUUGCUAGUGCUGUGGUGGAGGAAAAACAGAAAAGAAAGAAAUGGGAUGCGAAGAUUACCACCAGGUCCAAGAAGGUUUCCUUUAAUCGGAAACUUGCUUCAGCUUGGUAAUGAAUUACCACAUGUAUCACUUCAAAUGCUUUCAAAUAAAUAUGGGCCAUUGAUGUUUCUUAAACUCGGCUCAAUUCCAACUUUGGUUGUCUCUUCAGCCGAUAUGGCCAAAGAGAUCCUCACAAAACAUGAUCUUGUGUGUUCAAACCGACCCAUGUUUUAUGCUCCCAGAAAGCUCUCUUAUGGUUGUUCCGAUAUUACUUUUUCUCCUUAUGGUGACUAUUUCAGGGAAGUCAAAAAGAUGGCAGUUUCAGAACUUUUAAGUGCCAAGAAGGUUCUAUCAUGCCGAGCUGUGAGAGAAGAAGAGGUUGCCUUGGCCUUUAAUCUCAUGCGCACUUCUUCUUCUUCUUCGGUUCCUAUUAAUCUGAGUGAGAUCCUGCUUUGUCUUAUAAACAACGUAGUUUGCCGAGUUGCUUUUGGUAUAAAGUAUGUAGAUGAUGAACAAGACGAGGAUGGCAAGAAUAAAAUUUACAUGAUUUUUCAAGAAACACUGAAUUUGCUUGCUGGAUUCAAUGCUGCAGACUUGUUUCCCUGGAUGAGUUGGAUUUACAGAUUCGAUGGAUUAGACGCGAGAUUAGAGAAGAACUUCCGGCAUAUGGAUGAAUUCUAUGAUAAAAUAAUCGAUGAACAUAUUAACGGUAGUAAAUCAUCCAAGACUGGCGGGGAUGAGGACUUUGUCGAUGUUCUACUCCGAGUUCAGAAAGAUCCUAGUCACAGUAUUUCACUCAGUAGAGAUAAUAUUAAAGCUAUUCUCAUGGACAUGUUUAUUGCUGGAACUGAUACUUCUGCUGUCAUAUUAGUUUGGACUAUGACAGAGCUAAUCAGGAACCCAACAAUCAUGAAGAUAGCGCAAGAGGAGGUUAGAUCGGAAAUUGGAUUCAAAGAGAUGGUGGAAGAAAGUGACCUUCGUAAACUAAGUUACAUAAAGUUAGUGAUUAAGGAAGCAUUCAGACUGCAUCCUCCUUCACCGUUAUUAGUUCCAAGAGAAACCAGCGAGAACUGCAGAAUCAACGGAUACGACAUUCCAAUCAAAACAAGCGUUCUCAUCAAUGCAAAAGCAAUUUCGACCGACCCAAAAUAUUGGGAAAACCCAAACGAAUUUCUUCCCGAAAGAUUCUUAGACAGUAAUAUUGACUAUAAAGGUCAAGACUUUGAGUUGAUACCAUUUGGUGGUGGAAGAAGACGCUGCCCCGGAAUCAGUUUUUCGGCUGUGCUAAUUGAACUAGUCCUUGCAAAUUUACUGCAUUGUUUUGACUGGAAAUUGCCUUCAGGGAUGAAGAUAGAGGAAUUUGAUAUGAGUGAAGCUUUUGGACUUGCAGUACAUAAGAAGAUUCCUCUUUGUCUAUUAGCUGAUAGCCGUAAAUGAUGAGUGCAAACUUAUUUUUACGGAGAACCGUGAUGUUUUUAUUCGGCUAAUAUAUGGAAGUAAAGUUACAUA